AUGGGAUUCAUCGGGAAUCUGGACAUCGCCUUGACGUGGAUCCUUCCCUGCCUGUUUAUCGUGGAUGGUUGUUUAAAAGUUUUCCCAUUCAACAUAGAACUUUAUGGAGAAAUCGCACGAGAGUUCCAAGAUUUCUCUAACGUGUGCCCCCUCACCUGGUUGGGAUACACACCUAAUCCGGAUAACUACAGAAUAUUUGUUGGGGUUUAUGAAGUUGCUUGCAGUAUUGCAGUUCUCACUUCAGGUGAAUUAAAAACUGUUGCCACCGGAAUCCUUGCUCUUAUAUCCGGUGGAGCGGUUUAUACUCACAUUGCCCUUGCGGACAGUACUUCCGCCAUACCACCGGCGGUGACUGGAAUUUUCCUUUUGUUCUUAUGUUUUAGAGCUUAUUUAGAGACCCUGGAGCCACCACCAAAACAGCCGAAAUAUAAAAUACCAAAGAAAUUCAAAAUCAAAUGAUUCAUUGUUUCCUUCCAGAA